AUGGCUGCCAGCUCUUCUGUAGUCCCGGUGUCAGUGUCGGCUGCCGUGGUCCCCGCCCUGUCAUCGAGCGGCGAUUUCUCAAAUUUGCGGGAAAUUAAAAAGCAGCUGCUACUUAUCGCGGGCCUUACCCGGGAGCGGGGCCUACUGCACAGUAGCAAAUGGUCUGCGGAGUUGGCCUUCUCCCUCCCGGCGUUGCCUCUGUCCGAGCUGCAGCCGCCGCCGCCUAUUACAGAGGAGGAUGCUCAGGAUAUGGAUGCUUACACCCUGGCCAAGGCCUACUUUGACGUUAAAGAGUAUGAUCGGGCAGCACAUUUCCUGCAUGGCUGCAAUAGCAAGAAAGCCUAUUUCCUGUACAUGUAUUCUAGAUAUCUGUCUGGAGAAAAGAAGAAGGAUGAUGAAACAGUUGAUAGCCUAGGCCCACUGGAGAAAGGUCAAGUGAAAAAUGAGGCUCUCAGAGAAUUGAGAGUGGAGCUCAGCAAAAAACACCAGGCUCGGGAGCUUGAUGGAUUUGGCCUUUAUCUGUAUGGUGUGGUGCUUCGAAAGCUGGACUUGGUGAAAGAGGCCAUUGAUGUGUUUGUGGAGGCUACUCAUGUUUUGCCUUUGCAUUGGGGAGCCUGGCUAGAGCUCUGUAACUUGAUUACAGACAAGGAGAUGCUGAAGUUCCUGUCUUUGCCAGACACCUGGAUGAAAGAGUUUUUUCUGGCUCAUAUAUACACAGAGUUGCAGUUGAUAGAGGAGGCCCUGCAAAAGUAUCAGAAUCUCAUUGAUGUGGGCUUCUCUAAGAGCUCAUAUAUUGUUUCCCAAAUUGCAGUUGCCUAUCACAAUAUCAGAGAUAUCGACAAAGCCCUCUCUAUUUUUAAUGAGCUAAGGAAACAAGACCCUUACAGGAUUGAAAAUAUGGACACAUUCUCCAACCUUCUUUAUGUCAGGAGCAUGAAAUCUGAGUUGAGUUAUCUGGCUCACAACCUCUGUGAGAUUGAUAAAUAUCGUGUAGAAACAUGCUGUGUAAUUGGCAAUUAUUAUAGUUUGCGUUCUCAGCAUGAGAAAGCAGCCUUGUAUUUCCAGAGAGCACUGAAAUUGAAUCCUCGGUAUCUUGGUGCCUGGACGCUGAUGGGACAUGAGUACAUGGAAAUGAAGAACACAUCUGCUGCUAUUCAGGCUUAUAGGCAUGCUAUUGAGGUCAAUAAACGGGACUACAGAGCCUGGUAUGGCCUUGGGCAGACCUAUGAAAUCCUUAAGAUGCCAUUUUAUUGCCUUUAUUAUUAUAGACGGGCCCACCAGCUUCGGCCCAAUGAUUCUCGUAUGCUGGUCGCUUUAGGAGAAUGUUAUGAGAAACUCAAUCAACUAGUGGAAGCCAAAAAGUGCUAUUGGAGAGCUUACGCCGUGGGAGAUGUGGAAAAGAUGGCUCUGGUGAAACUGGCAAAGCUUCAUGAACAGUUGACUGAGUCAGAACAGGCAGCCCAAUGUUACAUCAAAUAUAUCCAAGAUAUCUAUUCGUGUGGGGAAAUAGUGGAACACUUGGAGGAGAGCACUGCUUUCCGCUAUCUGGCCCAGUAUUAUUUUAAGUGCAAGCUGUGGGAUGAAGCUUCAGCUUGUGCCCAAAAGUGCUGUGCAUUCAAUGAUACCCGGGAAGAAGGCAAGGCCUUGCUCCGGCAAAUCCUACAGCUUCGGAACCAAGGCGAGACUCCCUCCACCGAGAUGCCUGCUCCCUUUUUCCUCCCUGCUUCACUGUCUGCUAACAACACUCCCACACGCAGAGUUUCUCCACUCAACCUGUCUUCAGUCACACCAUAGUUGGCUACUUUCAAGCCAGCACAUUGCCAGACCCAUAUUAAGCCUUACCUCCAUGUAAAGAACAGCCACGUCUAUUCUUCCAAGGACCUUAGUUCUUUUUGUUUGUACACAUGGAAACAGCUCCUUGGGGAGUUUAUAGAAUCACCUGCACAGUAGACUGACAGAAGAAUCCUGGCAGGAACAGAGCCUGUCUUUGCCAGUUUGAAGCACUUCUAUCUCCCUUCUGUUCAGAGUGGCUAUAGAUCUUGGCCUUUUUCCCCAGACCUUUUUGCCCCCCCAAAACAUCCCUUUAACAGCACUUUAGCACAGGCAAGGCUACAGGGACAAAGUUUAAAUGCUGCUGGGAGUGGGAGAUUUCUUUAGAGAGGCAAGGAAGAAAGAAGGGAGAAAAGCUUGCAACUCUACCCUCUGCUGAUAGUAGGGCACUGGAUACCCUAGGAAGGUCAGGGCACUGGAUAGACAUGACUCAUCAUUCUUUGAUUUGCUGAGCAUGACUAUUCUGAUAUCAGAGAUUAGGUUUAAAUGGGGUGAAGGUAUACUUUUGUUCUUACUGGGAAGACAUUCUGCCGUUUUUUGUUUUGUUUUUUUUUUUUGCGGGAUGCAGGCCUCUCACUGCUGUGGCCUCUCCUGUUGUGGAGCACAGGCUCCAGACGCGCAGGCUCAGUGGCCAUGGCUCACGGGCCCAGCCACUCUGCGGCAUGCGGGAUCUUCCCGGACCGGGGCACGAACCCGUGUCCCCUGCAUCAGCAGGCGGACUCUCAACCACUGCGCCACCAGCGAAGCCCUGGCGUUUUGGUUUUGAGGCGUCUCCUAGAAGCUUUCAAAUUGGAAGUAACUUACUAGAGUUGAACAAAAGAAGGGGCAAAAGGACUCUCACUGAGUGUGGAACUGCUGAUGGCCCCUACUAAGGGGAAAAGAUGUCUAUAGAGUUAGCUAUACACCUACUAAAGCACAGCAAGGAGGCAGGGUUACAGAGAGUUUCAUGGACAUUUGGGUGUGAUAACUUCUGUGAUUGUACAGAUAAAAAUAAACUCUUAGAGUCGGUCUGUUUUAAUAAA